GACCGUUGGCGGAAGGCGGGAAGGAGCGCAGCGUCUGGACUCAGCGGUAAACCCGCCCCGACCUCUCCAGACGAUGGCGGAGGGGGCGCGGCCGCCGUCCGGCCCCCAGGGGGCCUACCAGUGCCUGGAGUGCGGCAAGGCCUUCAAGUGGUCGUCGCGGCUGACCCACCACCAGAGGAGCCACACGGGCGAGAGGCCGUACAAGUGCGGCGACUGUGGCAAGGCCUUCAAGGGUUCUUCGGCGCUCCUGUACCACCAGCGCGGCCACACCGGCGAGCGGCCCUACAAGUGCUCGGAGUGCGGCAAGGCCUUCAAGCGGGCCUCGCUGCUGGCGGUGCACCAGCGGGUGCACACGGGCGCCCGGGCCUUCCGCUGCCAGCUGUGCGGCCUGGCCUUCAAGUGGUCCUCCCACUACCAGUACCACCUGCGGCAGCACACCGGCGAGCGGCCCUACGGCUGCCCGGAGUGCGGCAAGGCCUUCCGCAACUCCUCCAGCCUGUCCCGGCACCGGCGGCUGCACACGGGGGCCCGGCCCUUCCCCUGCCAGGUCUGCGGCAAGGCCUUCGCCCAGAGCUCCAACCUGCGGCAGCACCUGCGCACCCACACCGGCGAGCGGCCCUACGGCUGCGGCGAGUGCGGCCGGGCCUUCACCCACUCCUCCAACCUGCUGCUGCACCGGCGUACCCACGCCCCGGCGCCCGCCGCCCCCUUGCCCUGCCCGGUCUGCGGCAAGGCCUUUGCCGCCCAGGCCUACCUGCGGCGCCACCUGCGCGCCCACGGAGGGGAGGGGGCGACGGCGGAGAGGGAGGACACCGUCGGGGUGGAGGUAGGCCCGGAGCCUUUGACCGCCGUCGUCGACGGCGGGCCAGUGGCCGGGGAGGAGGUGGUGGUGGCCGAGGAGGUGGAGGAGGCGCCCCCAUGCCCGCCGGUGGGCGGCAGUGAGAGCCCGGGCGGGCCCACCCCGCCCGUGCCCCCUCCCCCUGCCCGCCCGCCAGCCUCCUCCCAGGCCGGCCGCCCCUACCAGUGCCCGGACUGCGGCAAGGCCUUCAAGGGCUCCUCCGGCUUGCGCUACCACCAGCGCGGCCACACCGGCGAGCGGCCCUACAAGUGCUCGGAGUGCGGCAAGGCCUUCAAGCGGGCCUCGCUGCUGGCGGUGCACCAGCGGGUGCACACGGGCGCCCGGGCCUUCCGCUGCCAGCUGUGCGGCCUGGCCUUCAAGUGGUCCUCCCACUACCAGUACCACCUGCGGCAGCACACCGGCGAGCGGCCCUACGGCUGCCCGGAGUGCGGCAAGGCCUUCCGCAACUCCUCCAGCCUGUCCCGGCACCGGCGGCUGCACACGGGGGCCCGGCCCUUCCCCUGCCAGGUCUGCGGCAAGGCCUUCGCCCAGAGCUCCAACCUGCGGCAGCACCUGCGCACCCACACCGGCGAGCGGCCCUACGGCUGCGGCGAGUGCGGCCGGGCCUUCACCCACUCCUCCAACCUGCUGCUGCACCGGCGCACCCACGCCCCGGCGCCCGCCGCCCCCUUGCCCUGCCCGGUCUGCGGCAAGACCUUUGCCGCCCGGGCCUACCUGCGGCGCCACCUGCGCACCCACGCCGGCGUCAGCGGGGAGGGUGCGCCCCUCCCGGAAGCCGCUCUGCCCGCCCCGGCACUGCCAGCCCUGCAGCCGCUGCCCGCCACCCAAGUUAUCCACAUCGUCCAGGCCGUCCCCACCGUCCACCUGGUGCAGACCUUCUGAGGCUCCAUGCCGCGGGGAAGCGUUCCCGCAUUUCCCAACCCCCUUCCCAUUCCUUCCCCCCCCUUCCAUCCCGAGGGAUCCACGGAUUUUCCGAAU